CGCACCACUUCCUCUCACGUACCAGCAGAGAGCUGAGCUGGACCUGGAUACACUGUCAGCUCAGCAUCUCUCCAGACAGCCACAUAAAUAAGAAGAUAACAUAAUUAUAAGUUUUUUUCUCCUCUUGCUCUUGUAACUCCUACUUUCAUCCCCCGCCUUCAGAAAAGUGCAUUCCCUUUUUUCUCUCUCUCUCGCUGCUGCACUAAACGUUACCUGCGCUGAAGGAGGUCGUCCCCAGAGUGCAGAGCUACGGAUGGAGCUCUGAGUUCUUUUUUUAAAUUUAAGUAUUAUUAUUAAUCUGCACCCAACAACAAACUGAGAGCCCUGGAAUACCCGCAAACUGACCCUGUCGUGGCGCUCAACGGGAGCUUUGGGGCAAAUGCCACUGCGAUGCUGUGGAUGUGACUUCAAACAAGAGCUUCUCAACGGUACAGUCCUGUAAAGCACAAUGAAAGACGACUUCGCUGAUGAGGAGGAGGUGCAGUCCUUUGGAUAUAAGAGGUUUGGGAUUCAGGAGGGUACGGAGUGCACCAAGUGUAAAAAUGACUGGGCACUAAGGGCAGCCAUUGCACUCCUCUAUGUGCUCUGUGCCCUGCUCACCAUAGCAGUGGCUGUCCUUGGAUACAAAGUGGUCCAGAGAAUGGACAGUGUCACAGAGGGCAUGCAGAAUUAUGGAGGCAAGAUCAAUGCUGUGGAAACAGACUUAAAGAAACUAGAUGAUCAGGCAGGAGUGAAGUCAGUUAAUGCCACCAGUGAAAUCAAGACUUUUAAGUCAGAUCUGGAGGCACUGCAGAGUCAGCUGAAUGAUAUCGCCCUCAGAGCAAGCAGCAACAGAGACACACUGGAGGAACUUCAGAUCACCGGGCAUGACACGCAAAAUGGCCAUGUCUCCCUGCAGAGUUUUCUGGAAGGCAACACUGCUUCACUGCGUGGAGUCAACCAGACCUUGGCCUCCUACAGUGGGAUAAUAGAUGAUCUCCAGACAGAGACUGCACGGCUCCAGUCUGAGAUUCAGGGCCAGGUCAAAGUGCAGAGCCAGACCCAGGUUGAUAUCAGUGCACUAAACAUCACCCAGGCCCAGCAGCGCAAUCUGCUCAGCGCACUGCAGAAGACGGUUGAAGACGCAGGCCAGGCAGUUCAGAAAAUAAAAAAUGACUAUCAGGUUCUGCACCAAACGGCCAGACAGACACGGACUGACACAGAUUGGUUAAAAGAAAAGGUCCAGAACCUUCAGGUUUUGGCAGCCAACAACUCAGCCCUGGCCAGGUCCAAUGGGGAAGCUCUGGAUGACCUGGGAGCUCAGCUCAGCACUCUAGCCAGCCAAAUCCAGAACACCACAGCCCUUGCUGAGGGACACGACCAGAGCUUGCGGGAGAUGAUGGACCACCAGAGAGACCAUGAUAAUGCAACCUCAUCUAAGUUUGAUGACAUGGAAGUACGGCUAGACAGGCACGAGAAUGACAUGGACCGUGUCACUGGAAAUGUGAGUUUCGCUGCACAGAUUCUAGGUGUCAUCAGCUCUGACUUAAAUGGUCUGCGGUCCUGUGCUGAGACAGUGAUACGACAUUCAGACGUGUUACUGGGGUUGAAUAAUAGUGUGACGGAGAUCAAGGCAGACAGCAAAGAGCUGCACAGCCAGCAGGAUGAGCUGACAGCCAGGCUGGACAAAGAGGUCAACAACCUGUCGACGGUGAUGGAGGAGAUGAAGCUGGUGGACAGCAAGCACUCACAGCUCAUCACCAACUUCACUAUCCUGCAGGGUCCACCCGGUCCAAGAGGUCCCAGGGGAGACAAAGGUCCACAGGGGCAAGUAGGUCAGCCAGGACAAAAGGGUGAUAAAGGAGACAAAGGGAUGCCAGGAUUGGUUGGAGCUAAAGGGGAAAGAGGUGCUGCUGGACCACCAGGUGCGGCUGGUCCAAAAGGUUCUGUCGGUGCUCGGGGUUUACCAGGAGCUAAAGGAUCAAGAGGGCCUGGAGGUCGUCCUGGAAACCCUGGUGAGAAAGGUGACCCUGGGGUUCCAGGGAUUCCCGGAUUUGUUGGUGAGCCAGGGUUACCGGGGCCACAAGGGCCACAAGGGCCCAGAGGAGCAGCAGGGCCAGCAGGUUUGGAGGGGCCUCGUGGGCCUGUUGGACCCAUCGGCCCUCCUGGUCCUCCAGGACUGCCAGGAAAACCACCUCAUGUAAUGGUAAACCCACCUCUGCCCACUCUGCCCCCGAAGGUGCCUGAACCCCCCAAACCAUCUCAGCCUCCUAAACCAUCAGAGGAGCCCCAAGGCUCCGUCUCCCAGCAAGUCCAGUCUACUGCAGCCACCACCCCAGAGCCAGGUUGUCCUCCAGAGUUCAAGAAAUCUGGAGACAGCUGCUAUUAUUUCUCCUCUGGUUCUCAAAGACUCAACUUUGAUGAGGCCAACCAGUUUUGUACUAAUAUAUCAUCUCAUAUGCUCAUUAUCAGUGACAAUGAGGAACAGCUAUUUGUGAGAAAUGCGAUUGCAGGAAAAGGUUACUUCUGGCUGGGACUUACGGACAGGGAGAAGGAAAACGUCUGGAAGUGGGUGGAUGGAACCAUACCUGUUUUCAAGAAGUGGAAACCCGGACAGCCUGAUAAUUGGACCCAUGGUCAUGAAGACGGUGAAGACUGUGCUGGCCUGAAAAGGGAAAGAAAAUAUCUGGGGAAGGCCACAUCUGUUGCUGUCGAUAUACCAGCGAUGCCUCUCUUCACGACCAACCCAUUUGACCAAGAUGUUGAGAAAGCGACCAGUGAGAUGAACACAGCCGAGGACUGGGGCCUCAUCCUGGACAUAUGUGAUAAGAUAGGGCAGUCACGUACUGGGCCCAAAGAAUGUCUCCGCUCUAUAAUGCGAAGAGUGAACCACAGGGAUCCCCAUGUAGCCAUGCAGGCGCUGACUCUUCUCGGUGCUUGUGUCUCAAACUGUGGGAAAAUAUUCCACUUGGAGGUGUGCUCUAGAGAGUUUGCCAGUGAAGUCAGUAAUGUCUUAAACAAGGGUCACCCCAAAGUGUGUGAGAAGCUGAAGGCCCUGAUGGUGGAGUGGGCAGAAGACUUCCGUAAUGAUCCACAACUCAGUCUGAUCUCAGCAAUGAUUAAGAAUCUACGUGAGCAGGGUGUCACUUUCCCAGCUGUGGGAUCCCAGGCUGCAGAGCAAGCAAAAGCAAGCCCAGCUUUAGUGGCAAAGGAUCCUUCCACCUCAACAAACAAAAAAGAGGAAGAAGACUUGGCCAAAGCUAUUGAGUUGUCGCUGAAGGAGCAACGUCAGCAACCGCAGACCUCCUUGUCGAGCCUUUACCCCAACACCUCCACUCUGCUCUCUUCACACAAGUCUGAUGGUAGAAAAGUCCGCGCCAUUUACGACUUUGAGGCAGCAGAGGACAAUGAGCUCACUUUUAAGUCGGGAGAAAUUAUCACGAUCUUGGACGACAGUGACCCCAACUGGUGGAAAGGGGAAACAUACCAGGGAGUGGGCUUGUUCCCCUCCAACUUUGUCACUGCUGACCUCACAGCAGAACCUGAGAUGAUGAAGACAGAGAAGAAGACGGUACAGUUCAGUGAGGACAUCCAGGUGGAGACCAUAGAGCCCGAGCAGGAGCCUGUAUUUAUUGACGAGGACAAAAUGGACCAACUACUGCAGAUGAUUCAAAGCGCAGAUCCAACAGACAACCAAUCAGACAGCGUUGAGUUACUACAGCUGGAAGGUGCCUGCAAUCAAAUGGGACCCCUCAUUGACCAGAAGUUGGAGGAUAUAGACAGGAAGCACUCAGAGCUGUCAGAGCUGAACGUGAAGGUGAUGGAAGCUCUGUCUUUGUAUGCCAAGCUGAUGAAUGAAGAUCCAGUUUAUGCCAUGUAUGCCAAGCUGCAGAGCCAACAGUACUACAUGCAGCAACCUGCCAACGCAGCACAACAGGUCUACCCUGGCCAGCCUGCAUCAGGUUCAUAUGCCAUGAGCGGCACUGGGGUGCAAGGUUAUACUGUUCCUAUGGAGCAGCUUCCUGCUGGAGCCCCUAUUCCUGGUCAGCCAGCUCCCAGUGACGUUCAUAUGUACAUGGGCCAGCCGCCAGUCUACACUGCAGCUCCGGGCAGCAUGGUCCCAGCAGAUGUUCAGUCCUACCAGAACCCAGCCAGCGCCCCUGGCACCGCACCAUGCACAACUCCUGCAGGCAUGGCACAGACGGCAAACUACAGCACCCCCUCCGGCACGAGCAUAGCACCUUCCUCAGACGCCCCACAGGCCCCUUACUCAGAGAAAGCCUUGCUAUAGGGCCCCCAGAGCUCGCCGUUGUCCUCACACCUACACACACACAUGCAUCAGACCUGAUCAAAUAGUUGUAGCUAAUCUUUCUCUUUUUGAUUUCUUUUCAUCAUGAAACACCAGAUGGGUAAGAAAAAAUGCAGAUAGAGUAGAAUAACACUAACUUAAGGUACACUUUUAGUUUUAUUUGACAGGUACAGUUAAAUAUACAGUUACACUUCUCACUCCAGCUUUAGAAGUGAUCACCAGGCUUUGAUUUGAAGAGCGUACUCUGGACGCUGUGUUUUGUUUAGGAAUGCAUUUGAUCAAUUAUGAGUCUAGAAUUUCAGUUUUUCUUCAUCUUUAGCUGACUCGGAUGUGAACACAUGGAGCCGCUUUUGGUUGCACUAAGUCAAGUUUCAUUCAAAGCAGGUAACUUCUAAACCUAGAUCUGAUAGAAAUACAUGCAUUAUCCAUUUUUAUGUCAGAGGCCUGACAUUUAUUGCUUCAUUUUUGUGAUCGUCUUAUUGAAAAAUUGUGAUAACACUUUAUUUUGCGGGUCCAUAGGUUUAUUUCACCAGAUACUUACAGGGGAAAAAAAACUGCAUCAUUUCGCACUAAACAAAGUUCUGUUAGGUAGGCAUUAAUCUGUCAACAUGUGAAGGUUGCAUCUAAAACAAUAUUUAUUUGUGGUCUAAUAUUGGAUGCAUUAAUCAUCAUAAUUUGGAGUUGCUUGUUUGUAGACAUUUCAAUUUGGGAUCUAUUGUCUGCCACUUUAUAUGUUAUACUGUCAAUCCAUUCAACACUUGUUUCAGUGCAUUAGUACCAAAUCCAAUAGUUCUAACCUUGUAGCUUCUGCAAAAAAUCUUUACCAAAUGUCAGGUCUCUUCAGAGAAAAUUUAUCGUUGCCAAAUUGCUUUGAGUAAACAAGUGUAACUGUAGCCACUUUCUCCUAAACACAAAAUGCAUAUGCAAUUACUAUUUGAUCAAGUGUGAAGCACACAAAGGCAUUCCUUCACAGCACCUUCGGUAUGCACACUGGAGCGACGCACAUGGCACACACUACAGGCAGAUGUAGAGCGGUGGAUGCUCUCACAAACACAACUCUACUUGCCUCACACAUCCUCAGUAGGGCGUGAUAAUUUACCUUCAUUCAAACACUAACACAAUUAAAUCCACAGAAUACCACAGCCUUCUCACCACUUAAAACAACUGCAGUGCUAAUAGUGUCACAAAAAAGGGGCGUUGACUUACAUUUCCCUUUCUUUCUUUUUUUUUUUUUUUUUUUUUAAAAAAGAGACUUUUAGCUCAAACCGUUAGGCUACUACUCCAUUCUGUAUAUGUCGUCAACUUUUAGAAGUACUGAAAACUGAAGCCACUUUGUUUUUUGGAGGGAAAAGAAACAAGAGGAAUUGAAGCAUGCACAUGACUCUUGUAAAUACUGUAAUGAGCUGGUCGUGAAGCCGGAUGAUGACCUCAUGGGUGGGCCGUAUGUUAGCGCAGCUCCGGGUGAUUCUCUCAGCCUUAAAGGUGAACUCUGCAGUCAGGUUGUUCCAUCCAGGUGAAUUUAAGGUGUAAAAGCCAAAGAGAACAAAUUUUAAAAAUGCUCACAUGCCCCAAAAUGACAUGACUUUUUUUUUUUUUUGUAUAUGAUUGACUCCUGACUUCAUACUGCAGAGUUUUCCUUUUCAAACUGAGCUAGUUUUGCAUCCUUUUUGCUGGAUGCAGGCUUUGCUCUGUCUCUAUCAGGAGCUGUACUGACAUACUGCUACCACAGACUUGGAUACUAAGGGGAGAACUCUCUGAACCCCAGUGUCUUUCAAGCAUCUCUUUAGUCAGUGUAAAAAAAAAAAAAAAAAGAAUACUAUGUUUUUUUUUCUAGUGCAUUUUAAUUUAUGUUUUGAUUAUUGUUAUGAUAUUUUAAAUGGAGAACCAGUGCAGGAUGUACGUAUUCAGAGAAUAGAGCAGAGUAUGUGAUAUUCUGCUUAACUUAGUUGUAUAUUUAAAUCGCUCACUUGAGAACAUGGAUAUUUUUCUCUGUGUUUGAUACAUGCUUAUUGUACUGUAGGGUCAAAUGGUAAUGUGAAAACUAAUUGAACCGCCCCCACCCCAUGCGUUUUAAACUUGUUCUUUCUCUGAGCUGUGUAAACACUAAAACAACUUCUACCUGAAGCAGAGCUGAAGUAUGGUUUCUAGUAUUCUGGACAAUUCAAGUCAGAAUUUGUGAGCAGCUCUUCACCAAAGGCUCCCUAACCUCACCAAGUUAGCGGCAAACGAGGCAUUCAAGCUCAGAUAUGGUAGCUACUUCAUAUACGCUACCAUAAUCUUAAUUCUGAGUACUUUUUAUGGCUUCUACAUGUUCACAGUCUUUGGGAAAGAGUUCAUGUUUACAAAAACUGAUGGGAUUGCAACAAGCUAAUGAAACAGGAAAAUGAUGUAUCUGUUGUAUUUAAUGAUAAAUGAAGCUACAUGAAGGAAUUACGAAGCUUUGAAGUAGAUUUUCCAGUUGCAAGGCAAAUCGAUAUGCUAUUCUGACAAAUUUGUGUCCUUUACAAUUUUUCUUCAGAUAUUGUGUUUCAAAUGUGCUACCCCUCAACACCGCUGUGCUGACUUAAAAAUAUAAACAACCCCCAACUUAAGUCUGGCACCGAUGACUUUUACUCCUCCUGAACUUUGAGCAUUAAUAUAGCUAAUUCGAAAAAUAAGGAAUCUUUUUUUUCUUUUUUGCUGCCUUUAACUAAAAACAAAUAACAUCAAUCUGUUUUGUUCAAAGAGGGUUGAAAAUAUCAAAGUAGCAGCUAUUCUGGGACCAUGGAACCAGGAGCCAGUUUAUCAUAAACCACCAUAUCUAAAUGUAACCUCUUGUUGCACCACAGUGUUGGAUUGCGGCCCUGAUAUGACUUUCUUUUGUACAGGAUUGAGAUGCUGCCUGUUUUUAAGUUUCGAACAAACAUUAUUGUAAAGGUUCUGUCUAAACUUGUACCCUGCUGUUUGUAUGUAUUCUUUUAACCAUACUUAUUAAUUGGUAUUCACAAUAAAACCAGGCCAAAUGUACAGAAUAAGCUGUUUGGCUUUACUUUG